AAUCGGGGCUAUUAUUGAAUGCUAGCUAGCGAAUUGUACCUCUGCAUGAUAUACUGAUUGCAACCAAGUAUACUAUGUUCACUAUGUUCAUAGUGCUGGAGUGUGUAGGAGUGGAGGAAGUUGUGUGACCGGUUUCCUCGAAGGGAGGGAGGAGAGACACGACGUCACCCUCUUUCUCAUGUUGGUGGGUGACCCUUGUACCACCGCCUGCCUGGUUGGGCACGAAAUGUCGGGUUUUUUCCGUAUUAUUUCGUCUGAAUCUGGUUUGGCUGGGCAAAUGCGACCGGCUCAUUCCUUAUUCAUUCAUGGCCUUCUUCUCAUCAUCAUCUACUUACUAUUCAUCCAUUGCGCCCUCCUGCCUCUCCAGGGAUCGUGUGUGGUUGGACUAAAUUUUAUAAUUGCCCAGGUGAGUUAUAUGUUCCUGCAUCUUCCCCUCAUCCUAUUGAUUGGCGGUUUCCCGAUUCUGAACCGUUUUCCCGCCAUUCUCUCAGAUUCUGCGCUUGAUUUCCCAGCUGGCGCCCAACCCAGAUUGGCAUCUUGUCUUUUUGCCCGCCCCACGAACUUUUUUCGGGCCCACAGAUCACGGACAGCAAUAAUAAUCGCUCAACCAUCGCCCGUCAAUAACUACUUCUUUCUUUUCCCUCCCCCCCACGUCCGCGUGCCUUUUUCCCAAAUCUUAUUUAUUUCCCUUCUUCUCUCACUUGUUUGGUGAAGAGGAAUCAAUUGCUUUGGUUGUCUUUGACUCAUUGACUGAUCAAAGAGCCAAAUCGCUUUGCUGCUUCUCUCUGCACACUUGCCCUACCCGUUAUCGUUGCCGUCGGAAGUCGCCUCGCAGAUGUUCAGUGCUGUGGCUUUUCGCG